AUGUCUUACUCACUGGUGCAAGAACAAUCUUUUGGAUCCGAUAAUUGGUGCCUUAAAUUCCAACCGUUGUACAAUCACGGUCUUUUAACAAGUUUAAGUAAUGGCGAAGUUAAACUGUUAGACUGGGAGACUUUGAAUCCGGUACGAAAUUUCAAAAUUGAUCAAGUCUCCAUUAAUUCCAUGAAAUUAAUCAAUAAUGAUUACAAUAAUGCAUCGUUAUUUGCCACAGCAACUUUAAAUUCUGUGAAAAUUUAUGACAUUAAAUCUAACGAUUGCAUAGCGACAAUCACAAACGACAAAAAAUCCCCCUUCUUGUCGCUGGACUCUCGACAUGACAUGCUAGCAUGCGGUACCGAGUUGCAAGGUGUUGAUGCGGAGCUAUACAUUUACGAUGUGAGAAAUUGGUCAUCCCCAGUGAAAUCCUUUGUUGAUUCACACCACGAUGACAUCACAGACAUUAAAUUCCAUCCAUCUGAUAGCAACUUCCUACUGAGUGGGUCUACCGACGGAUAUACGAACGUUUACGAUCUCACACAGCAGGAAGAGGACGAUGCGUUGUACCAAGUGAUCAAUUAUGCAUCGAUUCAUUCAUGUGGUUGGUUAUCACCAAGAAGAAUCUACACACUAUCACACAUGGAAACUUUUUCAAUCAGUGAACUGAAUGACAGAACUGACGAGUUGAGAGAACCACAACCACUUGACUUCGGUGACAUUAGAGAUCAAUGGAAUUGUGACUACGUUAUCGACAUCUACCCAGGUUACAUUGCUACAGGUAGAUCCCAAGAAGGGAACGGUAAUUUGCAAAUCAUUCCCAUGGACGGUGAAACUGUCGAAUCUUCAAAAGCCAUCACCAUAGACAGGGCACACAGCGAUGAGGUCAUCAGAGACGUCUUCAUCCCAAGAAAUCACCACAACGUCCUCUACUCCUGCGGAGAAGACGGAACAGUCAAGUCAUGGAAAUCCCCCCACUCACAAUCGACUGCCUUGGAGGAGUUCUGGGAUUACUCUCAAAGAUUCAACGUGUUCGAACAAUCGCAAUCACCGGCACCAAAAAAGAAGCAUUCAAAGAAGAAGAAACAUGCUAUACGUUAUAAACCAUACUGA